GGAAAUCGAUUAGCAGGCGGCGUGAUCGGGUCGCCAUGUAGAGACAUACUGCUCAGUAGCGUAGGAUCGACCGUCAGCGGAGGCGUCGCAGAGCGCGCGGCGUGAGGUCGAACGGGGCGGCCUGGGUAGAACUGUGGUCUGUCGGUUGCCCCGACUAGCCUGAGGACCAUGCGUGGAUCAUCAGGCGGCGGGGGAGCGCCCGACGCGGCCCUCUGCCUCGCCUGUUUCUUGCUGCCCUUCUUCGCUUUCCCCGGUCCUCGCCUCCGAGGGAAAGCUUCGUACGUACAUUGCGGUUCGGAUCCGUCGGGCUCUGGCUUGCGCUUCAGACAGUUGCGGCAAGGUUUGUUCCCAUCACAUCGAAGCUUUCUAUGCCUACAAAACCAGCACGCCACUUCGGUCUUCGUCUUCCUGGCCUUUGGCUCUGGUCCUACCUCGGGUUCAUCAGGGCCAGGUUCACGUUGACGUCUUUUCCCUCUACUAGCACUCGAACUCCCUUCCGCUGAAGUUGACCCAACAAGCGUGCUCCCAGUCAGCGACUCGGACGGG